GGCCCACGAUCGGCCGUCCACCGGGAAAGAGAACGUUAGCCAUGGCUCUUCUUCUUCUCCACCUUAUCGUCUUUCUCUAGGGGAGGAGGAACGAGAGAGUGUGACAGGAAGGAGAGGAAGAUGACUAUCCUGCAAGUUCCCGAACUCAUUCGUCCGCGCCAUUGCUGCUGCACCUCGACGCCAUUGAAGUUGGCAGCCCAUCAGCUCCCAAGUGCCUCCGGACAUCCCCGCACAUUUCCGUUCCGACGGCGGGAGCUCAAUAUGCAGGGGAUUGCCCCGGGGACGAACGUGCUGCGGCUCGCGCUGGCGGCUUCACGGGAAUCUCGUAUAAGACCGGCCUCGGCGGCAGGAGUUCCCGUCCCUCCGCUCGAUUUGACGGAGGACAACAUCAAGCAGGUCUUAGCUGAUGCCAGAGUCGAGCUUGCUCAACUGUUCGACUCCUCGGUAGGCAUAACAGGAGUAGUCGAGCUCGCGGAAAUGGACGGGCCCUUCGUGAAGAUUAGCCUCAGGGGCCGGUUUUGGCACGAGAGGUCCACUGUUCUGGCGAGAGUCGGGAAUUACUUGAAGCAGAGGAUCCCGGAAAUCUUGGAGGUGGAUGUAAAAGAUGAGAAAAUGCUGGAUGAUAGCCCUGAGAAUUUCUGAGAUACCAGAAGGGUGCUGUGUUCAUCAUCCAUUAAUGGCAUCAAGAGAGAAGCAAGAAAUAAAGAGAAUUGCUUCAAUCCGCAAAACGUCCUCGAUGGCGAUGAUUUCCAGGUCCUGACUUGUGAUAUAUCACGCAGCUUGUUGCUUUCCUAUCACCUUGUAGCGUACAGUGCAUUGGAAAAUUGGGAAUGAUAACAUAUGCAGAGAGUUCAUAGAGUACUGAUUGCAAUAGAAGACGAGGCAAUUUGUCGGAGCUUGUCUGGCAUCUCCGCUCUUUCUGGUUGACAAUCCGAGUUUAGAAUGUGUAUAGCUCUGCUCCGUGGAUGUUGGGAUUAAUGAGUCCAUGUUUGCGGUGAAGAGUAUGUAUCUUUUGGGAUCAUUUUUUUCUAGGAGACUUCAGCAUCUUCCCAUGUCCGGAAACUGCAUCUGUUGUUCUGCUGCAGUUGAGCUUCAAUUAUUUGUAAUCAAUACCGUUCUUGUAGACA